AUGAGUCCCUGGAGCUGGUUCCUGCUGCCGACCCUGCUGCCGACCCUCUCCCUGCUGCCGACCCUCUGCCUCCUGCCCGCGAGCGCAGCCCCUCCGCGCGGCGCGCCCGCCUCCGCCAACUGCAAGCUCAAGGCCCAACAAAAGGAGUUGAAUUCCUUCUUGUGGACCAUAAAGCGAGACCCGCCGUCUUACUUCUUUGGCACGAUCCACGUCCCGUACACCCGGGUUUGGGACUUCAUCCCAGACACCUCCAAGGAGGCUUUUCAGCAGAGCAGCAUCGUGUACUUUGAGCUGGACCUCACGGACCCUUACACUCUCUCGGCCCUCACCAGCUGUCAGAUGCUGCCACAAGGUGAGAACCUCCAGGACGUGCUCCCCAGGGACAUUUACGGCCGCCUUAAGCGCCACCUUGAGUACGUCAAGCUCAUGAUGCCCUCGUGGAUGACGCCUGACCAGCAUGGUAAGGGUCUCUACGCAGACUACCUGUUCAAUGCCAUCGCAGGCAACUGGGAGCGGAAGAGGCCCGUCUGGGUGAUGCUCAUGGUCAACUCCCUGACCGAAGUGGACAUCGAGUCCCGUGGGGUGCCCGUCUUAGACCUGUACCUUGCCCAGGAGGCCGAGCGGCUGAGGAAACAGACAGGGGCAGUGGAGAAGGUGGAAGAGCAAUGCCAUCCGUUGAAUGGGCUGAACUUCUCACAGGUCAUCUUUGCUUUAAACCAGACUCCCCUGCAGCAGGAGAGCCUGCGAGCGGGCAGCCUUCCGAUCCCCUAUACAACAGAGGACCUCAUCAAACACUAUAACUGUGGGGACCUCAGUUCCAUCAUCUUCAGCCAUGACAGCUCCCAGGUUCCCAAUUUUAUUAAUGCCACGCUACCACCUGCGGAGCGCAUCACUGCUCAGGAGAUCGACAGGUACUUCCGCCGGGAACUUAUCUACAAGCGGAACGAGAGAAUGGGGAAGCGGGUGAAGGCCCUUUUGGAGGAGUUCCCUGACAAAGGCUUUUUCUUUGCCUUUGGAGCCGGGCAUUUCAUGGGCAACAACACAGUUCUUGAUGUUCUGCGGCGCGAAGGCUAUGAGGUGGAACAUGCCCCCGCUGGACGACCCAUCAACAAGUAACCUUCCUAAAAGACCAGAAACCCGUUGUCACAGCCUGUCUCCUCUGCCGUCCUGGCUCCGGAAGCGCCCACCCCGGAAGCUCAGGUACCGGAAGCUGGGUCUGCCGGGCCCCCACUGUUGCCGCUCCACACGCCUCUGCCCGGAAGUUCCUAUCUGCCGGGCGAGGCACGAAGAAAGUUCCGGGAGGAGCGGAGGCAGCGCCUGCGGCAGUUCAGCGACGUGUGGUUCGACUGUGCUGGGAUCCCACAGCUCCAGGUCCCCGUUCUGGACAGGUGCAUCUCUGCCGAGCUGUGGCUCCCUCUCCCUGGGCAGUCUCCCCACAGCCAGAUGGUGGUCAGCAGUGCCUGCAUGUCUGUCUGGACACCUGUGUUAUGGGUGCUGGUGCUGGCUUUCCAAACAGACACAACCCUCCUGUAA